AUGUGGCGUUUGAUCAAUAGAGGUCCAAAGUUGAUUACUUUUGUGCUGUGGCGUUUGGUUGAAAAUCAGGGUUUGAAUGAAGGGUUUGCUUCUCUGUUUGAGAAAUCACUCGGAGCAGGAGCAGGAGCAGGAGCAGGAGCAGGAGCAGAAGCAGUUGAGAUUUUGUUUACCAAAUUGCGAUUUUCUGUAAACUCUGCCUCUCUCCACGUCUUCUGUGACGUGAUUUCCGUGAAUUGUGUUGGCAGAGGUGAGUCGCCGUGUAGUACUUCGACGGCACAAAUAGGGCCGGGACUGAAUUUAAACAAAUUAGGGAAAAUUGAGAGCUUGUUGGUAUGCACGUGCAUCGGCUCGCCAACUCAGAGCGGUGACCCCGUCCAAAAGAGGUGGCUGCGGACUCGUGAGCGCUUGUCGCCUCCUCUUGCUGAUUCCCUACUCCGCCGUCGCCUUCUGACUGCUUCAGUUAGCCCUUAUGAAUUCAAUGUGAAAAGGGAUCGAAUAGCUGAGAUGCUCUUCACUUGUAAAAUGACCAAGUGUUUUGGCUGUGAUCGAGUUGAGUUGACUGUGCCUAAAAGUGAUUGUGCAGAAAAGAAUAUUGUUGAUGAUGAUGAUGAUAAGUGCAAAAGUGGUAUUGUUGAGGUAGGAGGACGAAGUAAAGAUACACAAGAGAGAAAACUGAAUAGGAGAAGAGAUAGUAAUGAUGAUGAUGAUCACGAAGAGAUUGUGGAGAGGAAUUUGAAUAAUCACCUGGAUCCAUGGAGGAAUCCUGCAGUGGAGGAGCACGUAAUAAUGAGAAUUCACCGGAUUGGCCAGAGGACUGUCCAUAAUUAUAAGUUUGGCUGGCCUUUGGCCUGGAGAUUACGGUUAUGGCUCCCCGCCAUAUGCUCCAACGUUUCGUCCAAUGCGCCGACUAACGAGCACUGGCGAGCUGCUGAGGUUCGAGGUCAACAACAUGCAGACGUGGAUGAGCCUCCCGAACCAACAAGGACACAUGCACCGACGGGUUCGGACGACUGCCCAUCAAUGGAGGACGUGUGUGACUGGCCGCUGAGGGGGAGUGUGAUACUCGAUGAAAGCAAUUCAGUUGGAGUUCUUGGGAGGUCUGGUAGAGGCCUAACUGAACAUAUGAAAGUUUCGAUCGACAAGGUGGAUAUUGUUACUGCUUCAUUGGGACAUACAGUAGCCACUGAAGGAGGAUUUUGCAUUGGGAGUAAUCGAAUGAAAGGACAAAGCAUGAGCCAUAAUUUGUGGAUUUCGAAUGAACGUAAGAGCGAUAAGAAGCGGAAGCACGCUCCUCCAUCCAACUUUUCGGAUGGUUCAGGCUUGAGUGCCACAUUCAGUUGCUACAAAUUGAGCUUUGGCAUCAAACUGGCUACAAUGCAAACUGGUGGGAAAAACAAUUGGCAG